GCAUGAUGAAGACCUGAUAAAAGAACAACAAAAAGAUAUAAGAUGGCUGCCAGACUCAGAACAAAUCCAGACAACCUGAGCCUGGGCUCGUUUGGGAGACUCUGUCGCUCCGGACUGGGAAUGUUGACAAGUUCCUCCCAAGGAAGUUUGGGGUGUCCUGAUGUGCCACACGCAUCGUCACUGCUCAGCAAUAUGGAGGACCUCAGGCAACAAGAAAAAUUGUGUGAUAUCUGGCUUGAGGCUGAGGGUGAGAAGCUGCCUGCUCACAGGGUAGUUCUGAGUGCGUGCAGCCCUUACUUCUGUGCUAUGUUCACUAACGACAUGAAGGAGUCUGUUGAGACGUGUGUAACGAUAAAAGAGUUGGAGUUUUCAGCACUGAAAGCUCUUGUUGACUUUGUGUACACAGGAUACCUUGAUGUCAAUGUAACAAACGUCCAGUCUCUUUUUCAAGCGUCCAAUCUCCUCCAGAUUCACUCGGCUAUGAAGGUGUGUUGCUCGUUCCUGGAGUCCCAACUCCACCCCACUAACGCACUGGGUAUCCUCAACUUUGCAGAGAUCCACUCCUGCCAGGACCUCAAGUUAGCUUCCCUCAAGUUUGUGGAUACCCACUUUAUGGACGUAGUGGAGGGUGAGGAGUUCCCCCUGCUCCCCUCUAACCAGGUGUCAGACAUCUUGUGUAGAGACGAGAUAAUAAUAAAAAGUGAGGAGCAGGUGUUUGAAGCGGUUCAGAGAUGGGUCAGCUACAUUAGCAGUGACAGUGAUAUUACUCCUUCUGAGAGACAGGUCGCUUGUCCUAGACUUCUCAACCACGUGCGAUUACCUCAACUCUCUCCUGAAUACCUCAUGUCCAAGGUGGAGCAAACUCCGUUUAUAAGGAAGAACUUGGCUUGUAGGGACCUAGUAGAUGAGGCUAAGAACUAUCAUCUCUGUCCCAAGAUGGCUACUAAUGUCAUGUCACAGGAGCGCUUCCAACCCCGUCUCAGUACCUGUGGACAGUUGUACGUGUGUGGAGGUAUUGACAGUAGUUGGGACGCUGCUGCUGUUGAAAGUGUGGAGGUGUAUGAUCUCCGGUCUAACAGCUGGGAUCUCAGCACCCCAAUGAGUUCUAAGCGUGGGCGUGUCGGCGUCGCUACGCUGGAUCAGCAUUUGUACGCUAUUGGUGGCUACAACGGUACCUCUUAUCUCAAUACAGGUGAGAGAUACGACACAAUCCUGAACAGCUGGGUAGCAAUAGCACCUCUGAACACUCCGCGGCGCUCGCUUGCACUUGGAGUGCUUGGUGGUCCAAUGUACGCUCUCGGUGGGUACGAUGGUGCUAGCUCCCUCAAAUCUGUGGAACGGUACGACCCUCAGAGUAACUGCUGGACUAAGGUAGCCUCAAUGCUAACUCACCGUGGCGGAGCAGGGUGUGGAACUCUACAUAACUUCCUCUUUGUAGCGGGCGGUGAUGACCGCUCUUCUAGACUCAACUCAGUGGAGAUGUUUGACCCUCACAUGGCCAAGUGGAGUAAAGUAGCACCGAUGGCUGUGUCACGGGUCGGAGUGGGAGUAGCUACACUUAACAGUAACUUGUACGCUGUGGGCGGACACGACGGUAGAUCCUAUCUUAAUACAGUCGAGAUGUACGACCCCAACGCUGACGUGUGGAAGGAGAUAAAGUCGAUGCGUCAGGCACGUGGUGGUGUUGGAGUCUGCACGCUCGGCGCGCGCAUAUUCGCUGUGGGAGGACACGACGGUAGCGCAGCGCUGAGAACGGUGGAGUGCUAUGAUCCGCGCGCAGGCGAAUGGAGCGAGAUGGCCAGCAUGGAUACUCAUCGGUUUAGCGCUGGUGUCGGAGUUAUUAGAGAUAUCUAAUUUUAGUGGUAUUUUGAUGAUUUAUUAUUGAUGAAUUAUUACGAUGGUCGGUGAAUACUGAUUUCCAUAACAAUGAAAGAGAAACUUGUUGUGCUUGAAACGAUUCAGUCAACUUGAUGGUUAAAUGUAAACUAUAGAGCUCACUGACUCUACUAUUUAUUUGUUGAACUGUGAACAUUGUGCAUUCAUUAUUGAUUUUAUCAAACUAAAACUGUAGUCGCAUAAACUUAUAGAGUAACCGCUUAAAUUUUGGAUUCGAAGGUAAUGAUCAUUUGAACUUAUUACUUUCCGCUGCUUAAUAUAUUAUAGUUACUUAGCAUUGCUGUGCUGCUUUGAAUUUGUUAAAUUUGUAUUUCAUUUUGGUAAAGUUUCCCUGUUAAGAUUUAUUAUUCCUAGAGACUCGUUCUCGCGGAACAUAGAGGGAGUUAUAUUUAAAUUAUUAUUAAUUGCAUACAUUUUUCAUUCAAAUAUAAUAAUAUAUAUCUUAUUGUUCUUAUUCAUUUUAGUUCCCCAUUGCAUUGUACUGUAAAUAUAAACUCAACUAGUUGUAUUAGUCAUAUCCAUAGAUUUGAAAUUAUCAUUCCGUAAAGUGAUUAUUUUCUUCAACAUAUCAAUAUUUUAAAAGUUUUACUCUUUACUUUUGAAAACUGUGUUUGUGGAAAGCCUUGCUGUCUUGCUGAGUGAUCGUCUUUAGUUCUUACCUUUAUUGGAUUAAUUUCAUUGUUUGUUUUUUCUUGUAAAUAA